AGCUCCAGUCUCUUUUUCUCAGAAACCAGAGGCUGUCAGAGAGGGAGUACGCUGUGCUGCAGCUCUCUGACACUAGCAACAACUAUGUGGCUUUAGCAAUUUAGCAGGACCAAAUCAAAGUUUUACUCCACACGGAACAUCCGAGACACUCCCAGCCGGUGUUUAGGAUCGUUAUGAUUUCUUAAAUUGUUGCUAGCUGACUGGUUAGCUCUCCGGGUUAGCUUGAAGUUUGGACCGUCUUGCUAAUUUCCCACCCGAAAUUCAAACUACCACAAAGCAAUACAGUCUUAAGGAUUUAUACGCUGCACAUUUGGACAACUAAACAUGGAGUCGGUUAAUGCUUUUGGCUGCACCAGUCCUGUGAACAGCGUUUCGAAGAACAGGCCCGACUGCAUCCCCGGGCUUUCCUCUCUCUCUCUGCCGGAACUGAGCACAAAGACCCCGCACUGCAGGAACCUGUUCUCCCCUGGACCCGCCACUGUGCUGUCUCCUGUCACCAAUUUGGCUCUGGACAUGGACAAUUUAGCUGUACUCGGAAGCCAUUGUGAUACCCCGAAAAGAAGGAAGCAUGCACCCCUUGAGAAGAUUCCCUCCUUUGCUUCUGACGUCUCAUCUGAUGCUGGCCUCGGCAUGGAUCUCCCCAGCCCCAUGGAUUCUAUUGAAAUGGAGGACACAUUUGAAAGGGCCAUUCAACAGUCGAGCAGAAUCAUGAACGAAAGGAUGCCAAUUCGAAGAAUCAACUCAUUGCCGCUCCAGCUCCAGAGUUUCAGCCCAUCUAUGAAGGGACCAGAAACGGAUCCCCACCGCUACGGAAUAUUCGGACAACAACCCUCCCAAAUGGCCACAUCCUCUGCCUCUCAAUAUGACAACAAGGAGAACAUGCCGGAGGAGGGCUUUGAAUUCAAGAAGCCCACCAAGCCGGUGUCACGGUGCCGGGUGCGCUCCUUCAACGGCGGUCAUUCAAAGGACGCGUUUGCCCGCCGUCCCAGCUCAGCACCAGCCCUCAUGUUUUCUUCACCUCCCUCAGUCCAGCAGCUUGACUUCUUUGACACCAGCCCCAUGUUCCUCAGACGUUCUUCCACCACCUCGGCUCACAGCGACGAGGACGACGGCUUCCUGGACGUACUGGACGACAACAUGGAGAACGACUCUGGGAUGCCGAUGGGAAUGGCCAGCUUACUCACUGCCCCACUGGUGGCUGACACUUCAGCAGAAGACUCUCCUGUGAUUCGCUGCCGGCCGCGGAGCCUGUUCCGCUCCCCCUCCAUGCCCGGUCCGGUCUCGUCCCGUCCCUCCGUGAAGCGGCCCGACUGCCCCAGAGACGAAAACACGCCGGUCAGAGUGAAGAGACGACGCAGCCUGGCAGGAACACAGGUCACCACCCUGGAACAAAACCCAGAAUCCCCAAGAAUGAGCUGCUCACUGCUCCAGAGGUCCAAGUCCUUCUGCCAGACAGACAUUGAAAAGCUGCUGGACGGCGAGGGCGGUUCUAAUGAGCUAAUAGGAGAUUUCACCAAGCCUUUUGUACUGCCCACAGUGGACGGCAAACAUCAAGACCUCAAGUACAUUACCCCAGAAACGAUGGUGGCAGCUCUGUCCGGACAAUUUAAUCAUCUAGUCGAGAGAGUCAUCGUCAUGGACUGCCGCUACCCUUACGAGUUUGAGGGGGGACACAUCAAGGAAGCCCUGAACCUGCACCAGGAGGACCAGGUGGAGGAUUACCUCCUCAAAACGCCCAUCGUUCCGUCCUGCCCGGACAAACGCGUCGUCAUCAUCUUCCACUGCGAGUUCUCGUCGGAGCGCGGCCCUCGAAUGUCCCGAUUCGUCAGGGAGCGAGACCGCGCCCUGAACGAGUAUCCAAACCUCCACUACCCAGAGCUCUACAUCCUCAAGGGCGGAUACAAAGAUUUCUUCCCUCAUUUCCAGUCACAAUGUGAACCUCAGUCCUACCGGCCCAUGCACCACGAGGACUUCAAGGAGGACCUGAGGAAGUUUCGCCUCAAGAGUCGCACCUGGGCUGGGGAGCGCAGCAAGAGAGACAUGUACAGCCGACUGAAGAAGCUGUGAGCGCCUCCUCGUCCUCCUUAAACUCCCUCUAAAACACACUGCCUCCCCCCCCCAAACAACUCCUCUCAGAGCCCGAGGCCUCGUCCCAACAACGAGGAAAUGACUUUUGGGAUUGCACCAACAGAAGGAGAUUUUAUCAAUUCCCAAAAAGUUUCAUUUAACGAUAGCAAAAGUUAGUUAUUUAUGCAAAUUUAAAGAGGGAAAAGACUUGACACGAUGAACGCUUGACAGCAGCUGCUGUGGUGCAGUGAACAGAUUUUAUUAAGAAGCAAUGUGAUCGUUUUUAAAACCACUUGGACCUACUGCCCGUUUUACCUUUUUCAUUAUGCUUGCAUUCGCAGCACAAAUCACUGCCAGAUUGCAAUAAUACAAACCAAACCACACUGCCAAGUCUGAAGUUUGUCUUUCAGUCUUCUCACUGGAUAUUUUUGUUUAUUUUACAUUUUUCAUGUCCCACCUUAUUUAAGCACUUAAUUUAAAUACCCUGAAAUGGUGAGGUGCUUUUUUUUUUUUUAAAAAAAAUACUGCUUUUGUAUAGUUGUUUUUUUUUUUUUUUAAUGAAUUGUGUUUAUCCCCAUUUAGAAGUAUGCCUUUCUCUAGGCGUCCCAAAAUGCAAAUUUGAUAUUUUAAUGACAACUUGUACAGUCUUGGAUUAAUGCAGAGCUUUGUUUUUCUCCUUCCUGAUCAGUUGCAAUACUUUUUUUUUUUCUUGGUCAGAAGAUACCAAAGCAAACAAACUACCUGUUAACUUUGCAGUGAGAUUUUUCUGAUGCUGCAGGUCAGCGAGUGUGAGGAUUUUUGAUCUAACGAAAAAAACAUUUUCUUUGCUUUGAUUCCUUUUACUUUUCAAAGAUAACAUGUCUUCCCCUCUGCAGAGCUAAUGAUGUCAGUUUAUAAUGAAUGGGGUGGUUUGAAUAUUUUGGUACAGGCUCGUCGGGGAGCUGCUGAAAUAAAGAGCCAAUGUGUGUUCAAA